AUGUCACAGGGCUCGCAACCACCGUCAACUGUUCCUGGUGAUACUACUAUUGUUACAUCUGUAACAUCUGUUCCUCAUUCCCUUGAUGAAAACACGAGUCCAAAUGGUAAUGAGGAGCAGGAAAAUCAAUCACCUAAAGAACUUCUAACUACUUGGCUUAUGGGAAAAGAUGUGUUAUGUCUUAAUGGUUCUUUGUUGCAUAUGAGAUGUUGUGCACACAUUCUUGACCUCAUUGUUCAGGAUGGGCUGGCAGUUAUAAAGGAAUUCUUGAAGAAAAUUAGAGAUAGUGUUAAGUAUGUCAAAGGCACUCCUAGUAGAAAACAAAAGUUUGAGCAUGCUCUAUCUCAAACUAGAUUGACUGGUAAAAGGCUAGUGAAAGAUGUCUCAUCCAGAUGGAACUCUACAUACCUUAUGCUUGAGAGUGCAUUGGAAAUACGUCCAGCAUUUGCGUGUUUAAAAGAGUUGGAUACUUACUACAAACAUCUGCCGGCACCAGAAGAGUGGAAGGAAGGGCAAGUAAUAUGUGACCGCUUGAAAGUAUUUUAUGAUACUACUCUCCAAUUCUCUAAGGUUAAGUAUCCAUCUGUUAAUUUUUAUUUUAAAGGAGUUUUGGAUGUUGGUAGUAAUAUAAUAGAAUGUUUAUCUAGUGAGCAUAAUUAUAUUCGUAAUAUGGCAACGGAGAUGAAACUCAAGUUUGAUAAAUAUUGGAAUACAUGUAGUACAAUGAUGUGCAUCGGUGUGGUAUUAGAUCCUCGGUAUAAGUUUGAAUUUGUAGAAUUUGGCUUGGAAGAAAUUUAUGGUGAAUUUUAUUUUAGACAUCAUGUCGAGCUGGUUCAUAGUCACUUGAACGAGGUAUUUUCCUUUUAUGAGGGGGGGCUUAGUUCUAUGGAUACAUCUACCAACAAUCUUUAUAUCAAUGUUGAUUCACUUAAUUCUAUUGGCAGCACUUCUACUAGAACAAAGUCGAAUUCAAAAAUGGAAGAAAAAUUUCGUGAAAGGAGGAGACAAAGAUUAGAUGAUAAUGAUUUUGAUAUAUUAACUUGGUGGAAAACCAAUAGUCCUACUUAUCCAAUACUUGCAAGAAUGGCUCGUGAUAUUUUAGCAGUUCCGGUAUCAACUGUAGCCUCAGAGUCGGCAUUCAGUUCUGGUGGUAGAGUAGUUACUGAGUACCGCUCUUCGUUAGCUUCUGAUACAGUAGAAGCUUUGACUUGUAUCAAAGAUUGGUUGCCGGAACUCAAUGAUGUCGACUUGGUGGAUGAACCAGAAAUCGUAGAUCUGAACGGUUCCUCGCAACAAGUUAACUAG